UAUGACCAAAUUUCUAAAAACACGUGUAUAGUCUACCGAACUUGUAACAGAUGUAACGAAUAUGUGUACUAUGUGUAGUAUUUUUAUGAAUAUGUUUUAUUUCUUAUAACCAUUUGGGAAGAUCAAAGAUUAAGUGGUGUGUAACCUAUAUUUGAUUUCAAGUAUUUUUAUUGGGAAAUUAAACAAUGUGACGAGUAAAGAUGAAGCAUUACACAAACAUGAUGUAAAAUAGUUAUUUUUAAAAGAUUAAGGUAUAUUUGAUGUAGAUUUGGGUAUAUUUGAUGUAGAUUUGGGUAGAUUUGGGUCGAUUUGGGUAGAUUUGGGUCGAUUUGGGUAGAUUUGGGUAGAUUUGGGUAAUUCGUGUCGCCGGGAUUCUUCGGCUUCUCAAAGGACGAAAGUAUUAAGCGGAAAUGGAUUCUAGCCGUGAAUUCACGAAGGAUUAUCGACGGAAAGGUGGUGGACUUUACGCCAAGCAAAUAUGCAAAACUCUGCAUAAAACAUUUUGAGGAUAAGUGCUUUGUCCACCCCCCCCCCCCGAGUGUGAUGGCGAGUGCGGGCUUUGGGAUGAGACUGUCGCUGCAUCCUGAUGCAGUACCAACUUUGUUCCCUGACACGGACAACUUCAAGGCAUUACAGCCGAAAGCCCUAAGGCCAGACGAGUUAGGAGCCCCCAAACGGAAACGUGACAACUAUGGUGCUUUUGCCAAGAGAAAUCGCAAAACGGCUCGAAGGCGCACAAGGAAUUACUGUUGGUCAUCGGAAGCAAGCGUCUUCUCUCUGACAUUCGCAUGCUGUCACCAGCUGAACAGACCUCGAUGCUGGAGGCUCAACACAAGGUGGUCUGCCAAUUUGCGCCAAAAUUUGUCUGCUUUUCAUACGCAGCAAUGAAACAGAGAUUGCAUCUGGCAGCCCUGCAUUCCGUUUCUAAUGCGCACAGGAAACAUGCAGAGAAGAAGAACGGCGAAAAGCGCUACAGGAUUUCGUAUCCAAAGUACAAGGCGGGACACCAUGUCGUGAAACCUGUCAAAGAGGCCUGCAAUUAUGAUUAUGUCACAGAGCUCAUGGUUGCAUUGCUGCAAUUAAAACAACAGUUCAAGAGCACCCGGAUUGCUAAGCAGGCAUCUUCUUCCAUUCUGUUCUCUCCACCACCAUUAGCAUCAUCUGCGAAGAAAAUUUUAAAGAAUAAAGCAGUGCAGUUGCACCGCUCUAGGUUUAAUUAAUUACAGUAAUUGGAAACAUGUUGGCAUGCCAUUUGUCAUGUAUUGCUCCAGCUGGGUUUAGUGUACGUGCGUUAGGUGUCAUCCCAGAUUAGCCUGUGCCAUAUAUGUUUGUAAUUAAUUAAAAAAAUCCUCGCGCUGGAAAGAUGGGACAAAGCGUGCGCAAAAUAUCUCGUCCCAUAUUAGCCUUUGUCCCUGAUAAGACUGUGCAGACUCGACGUGAAAACAUGAUAUGCCCCAAGUUUUAUAUGACAAUGUCUAUGAAUGUGCCCUUUUGACAAAUAAGAACCUAGCUGAAGCACUGAUCACGUAUUGUUUCAAAUUAACAUAGCAACUACAAUUAUUUUUUUGAAAAAUGUGAAUGUAUUAUUUUGACAAAUAUGCUGUAAUAAUAGUUUUCCCAUUGUGUGCUAUACUGUUAGUAUAAAAAUGUUAAUUUCAACACCUUUAUUUUUAAAUGUUGGGACCAUGUAGUGUUUUUUGUGUGAUAGUAUUGGUCUGUAAAAGAUGUUUUAGAAGUCAUUUUGUUAAAGGUACUUAAUAUGACUCCAUGACAAGUUGUAUUGCAACAUUGUGCUAGUAAAGCUCAUUUACUUAUUCCGUCCAGUUUUCUAAAACUUGUCGUCAGGUUACAAGUUGUUCUGUUGUUGUGUCUGUGGUAAUUUAUAUUUUUAGAUGUUGCAAUAAACUUGUAUGCUACAUA